AUGGCUCGCCUCGCUGAUUUCAGCAGCGAUGAGGGCCGCCGUAAUGGUAACCGUAAUGCUUCGAACGUGUACCGCCUGAAUGUGGCGAAACUUCAGGCUGCCGCAUUUUCUCAACUGUCAGAUUCUGACACAUCAAAAUCUGACGCAUCAAAAUUUGACACCUCAAAAACUGACCCGUCGAAAUCUGGCAAAAACAGCGGUUUUGACCCGUCAGAAUCUGGUGGGGAUCCGUCAGUAAAAUCAAAACAAGAUCCACAAGUAACUUCAAAACCCUUUUGUCCGGUUGCGGCGCAACCAGACCCUGAGGUUGUGAUUACUGAUCAGGCCAGACAGGUUUUGUCUUACCUGAACCAGACUACUGGCUCACGCUACCAGGUAUGCAGCACGUCGCUGGAGAAUAUUCGCGCCCGUCUUCGGGAACAAUUCACGGUUGAUGAUCUGUGCCUUGUGGUGGAUUACAAAAACGCUGAUUGGCGUGAUAGCGAGCAGGCUCAAUACCUCCGCCCGGCAACUCUGUUUAUUCCAAAAAACUUCCCUGGUUACCUGCAAAGCGCGACCAAAUGGUCCAGUGCCGGCCGGCCUGAACGCGUUAACGGCAAAUGGGAGACUAACUCAGCCAGCCGCGCAAACUUCCAGAGUGUUGAUUACUCACUGCCAGAAAAUUCGGGGUUCCGUUCAUGA